GCGUUUCCCAAUUGGUUGACUUUUUAUUCCUUACUCUACAACCGACCGCACCCAAUUCAAUUUCCAAAUACAAGAAGUAUCUCAAUUCCUCAAUCUGUAUCUUCGCACUCCCUCCCUCAAACGCGUAAUCUUCCAACUUUCUCGCAUUUUCUUCCCUUCUAAUAAUGGCAAUUUCUAUAGCUGCUGCCGGAACCGGAGCCGGCGCUUUGACUUCUUCGUCGGCGAAUUGCUAUUCUUCCACAAAGUUAACAUACUUGUCUUCCUUGCAAUUUCCCAGAGAGCUUCGCCGUCUUCAAAUUGGAAACUGUGGGUUGAAAUCCAAUAAAGGGACUUCACGUUUUGUUCCUCUGGUUGAAGCAAAGAAGGAAACGUUUUCUUCCUUUGAAGAAUUGUUGGAGAAAUCUGAGAAACCAUUAUUGGUUGACUUCUAUGCUACCUGGUGUGGUCCUUGCCAGUUCAUGGUUCCUAUUCUAAAUGAAGUUGGUGAAUCGAUGAAAGAUAAAAUUCAAGUGGUGAAAAUCGAUUCAGAGAAGUACCCAGCCCUCGCAGAUAAGUACAAAAUACAGGCACUGCCAACCUUCAUAUUGUUCAAGGAUGGAGAAGUCUGUGAUCGCUUUGAGGGCGCACUCAAUGCUCCGACUUUGAUGCAACGCAUAGAAUCUGCACUAGAAGUUAAGCAGUAGUCUUGGCAUUCUUCCUCUCAAGUGCUCUGGAUCCUCCUUUUAUGAAGUCAUUUGUGUUUAAAUUUCAAAGAUGUUGUGUGGUAUAACAUCUCGGAAGCCUUCAGUUUCUCACUCCACUGUAUUUGCUCAGAAAUUUGAUUAGAUACGGGUGUAGAACGGUUAAUCCAUUUGGCCUAACUGAUGCAUUUUUUUCCCUUUAAAUAUGGAGACUUGAACUUUUCAAAGAAUGUCUUACUUUGAUCAACUAUUGUGCAAUGUAUUGAGGAUUUAAAUUGGAAGUGUACUGCAAUUUCCUUUUUCA